GUGGGCAAACAAUACAACAAAAAUGAAUCCAAUUUCAUUAUAUUUUACUAGCAAAAAUUAUCAACAAAAUACACCGGAAAGAGAACGAUAUCGAUUGUAUAACAAUCAAAAUCAAUCAAUUCAAAAUUAUAAUUCAAUUAGACAAAAACUUUUACAACAAAAUUUCAGUGAUCAAAUUGAAAAUGUUCGGUUAAUAUCAUUGUAUCGUUAUCAUACAUUUGAUCAUAUGGAAAUUACCGAUGAUAAUAAUCAACAACAGCAACUACAACAACAAUCAUCAUUGAAUCAAAUCAAUCAACAACGUAACCACCGAUCACCGUUAUCAAUAUCAACAUUAUCACACAAUCAUCAUCAUCAUCAUCAUUCGAAUAAUAUUCCUAUAGAAUCAUCGAAAAUUUUUCCCUUUAAUCUAAUACGUAAUGUAUUCUACAUGUCGUCGACAAUACCGAAAAAGAGAAAAUUUUUAUCCGCAAUUACAUUGCUUAUAUUGGUUUCAAUAUUUUGUCUAAUAUCCAGUUCAUUAGUUAAUGUAUUGAUCUCAUCAUCAUCACCAUCAUCAACGUCUUCAUCAUCAUCCAUAUUACAGCAAUCAUCAUCAUCAUUAUUUCCAUAUCUAGCUAAAGCCAAUGAUAAUAAUAAUAAUGAAUUGGCCAAUAAUAUUGACAACCGGCUACAAUCAUCAUCAUCAUAUUUACAGCCAAUUGAAUUGGAUGAAAUAUUUCGUGAUGAAUUAUCGGCCAAUUUAUUCAAUGGUUCAUGGAUUUCUAACAAUGAAAUUGCAUUUUAUGAUGUUGAAUAUAAUUUUUGUUUAUAUGAUGUUGAUCAACAGAUAACAAAACGAUUUAUACAUUUUAUACAAGUGUUGACGAAAAAUCUUCGUGGACUACAACUAUCCAAAGAUAAACAGUAUUUAUUAUGGUCGAAAACUGAACCAACCGAAUUAUUUCGUUAUUCAAAAUUUUCUCGAUUAAAAAUCUAUGAUAUACACAAUGAUUCGAUUAUAAAUUUAUUUGAUGAUCCAUUAUUUGUUGAUAUACAUUUUCAAUGGGCUGAAUGGGGUCCAAAAAAUUCUCAAUUAAUUUUUAUUUAUAAUAAUAAUAUCUAUUAUCGUCAUACAGCACGUUCAGAUACUAUACGAUUAACUGUAACCGGUGUUGAUGGUAUUAUAUUCAAUGGUCAUUGUGAUUGGCUUUAUGAAGAAGAGAUUUUAAAUCAAGCUAAAGCAUUUUGGUUUUCACCAAAUGGUGAUUAUCUUGCAUAUCUACAGAUUAACGAUACAUUAGUUGAUAUGGUUGUAUUCAAAAAUUUUGGUGAUUAUUCGAAUGUAACAACCAAUCAAUAUCCACACCUACGAACAAUAAGAUAUCCAAAACCAGGUCAACAUAAUCCACAAGUAACCAUUUAUGUUGUUAAUCUUCAUUCACAAUCCGAAAAUAUUCAUACGAUACGUAUUGAACCACCAUCAAAGAAAUUAUUCAACGAACGUGAUUUUUAUAUUUCUCGUGUGAUUUGGUAUGAUGAUGAACGUUUGUUGAUUGUAUGGACAAAACGUAAUCAACAACGUUCAUUACUUACAAUUUGUGAUAGUAAUUAUCAAUGGAAAUGUCAAGAGCUUUAUGAUUUAAAAUCGAAAACUGGUUGGGUGGAUGGUUUUGAAGAUGGUCUAUUGAGCGCCGCAUUCGUUGAUCAAGUUAUUAUUCGUAUUCCCAAAUUUGGUAGUAAAAUUCGUGGUGAUUUUUAUCAUAUUGCUGCCAUCAAUAUUAAAGAUAAAUCGAUCAAUUUUCUUACACAUGGUGAUUAUGAUGUUAUCAAACUGAUUCAUUAUUCGCCCAUCACCAAUGAAGUGUAUUAUGCAUCAACAUUAAGCAAUCAUCCUGAAGUACAGCAUAUAAUGAAAACAACAUUAACUAUAAAAUCUGAUACUGUUUGUCUAACCUGUUAUCUUGGUAAUAGUUGUCGUAAUAAUGAAGCACAUUUCAAUGAAUUAGGUACAUAUUAUAUACUUGAAUGUAAAGGUUAUGAAAUACCACGUGUUGAACUUCGUAAUGCACAAACAAAUGAAUUGAUUGAAAUAUUUGAAGAGAAUCGUAAAUUGUUUAGAUUUUUACAAACAAAAUUUAUACCUAGAUAUGAAAAAAUUUAUGUUAAAUUAGCCGAUAAUUAUGAUGCUAUUGUUGAAUUUAUAUUACCACAUGAUUUUAAUGAAGAACGAAGAUAUCCAAUGGUAAUUGAAUUGUAUGGUGCACCUGGUACACAGAUGAUCAAAGAUAAAUAUGAAAUGAAUCAUUGGAGUUCAUAUCUAACAAGUAAACAUCAAUAUAUUUAUGCUAAAAUUGAUUGUCGUGGUACGGCUAAUCAAGGUUUACGACAUAUGCAUCAAUUGUAUCGAAAUGUUGGACGUAUCGAAGUUGAUGAUUUAAUCAAUGUUGUUUGGUUCUUGAAAAAUAAUCUUACCUAUGUUGAUCCUGAUCGUAUUGCUCUUUGGGGUUGGAGCUAUGGUGGUUAUUAUUCAUUGAUGUCAUUGAUUAAACAAUUUGAUCAUCGAUUAUUUUCAUGUGCCAUUGCUGUAGCUCCUGUUUCUAAUUGGAUGUUUUAUGAUUCUGCAUACACUGAAAAAUAUUUUGGAAUACCAAAUAAUGAUGAUAUAGCCAGUAUUCAACCAUAUCAAAAUGCCAAUCUAUUAGAUUUAGUUGGUGGUUUGAGAAAUCGUAAAUUUCUAUUGAUAUAUGGAACAGGUGAUGAUAAUGUACAUGAUCAACAUACAUUAAUGUUAAUAAAACAAUUAAUACAAUCGAAUAUUGAUUAUGAUGUACAAAUCUAUCCGGAUGAUAAUCAUUUUCUAUCACGAUCAAAUCAACAUCUUUAUACUCGAAUGACAAAAUUUUUACAGGAAAAAUGUUUUGGCUAUUCGCAUCAAUUAUAAUUUAUUAAU